CGAAUGGGCAAGAGUUCGGAUGCGUCAUGGGUACAUCAGGAACCAAUCACAGCUACGCGUUCCUAUGCCUCAUUUGAAUAUGGACUCAUUAAAUAUACCGGGCCGGUGGCUUCCGCGAUAGUUAGAGAGUUUCAGUGUUUCACAAUGCCUGAGCCCGCCAAGUCCGCUCCGGCCCCGAAGAAGGGCUCCAAGAAGGCGGUGACCAAGGCGCAGAAGAAGGACGGCAAGAAGCGCAAGCGCAGCCGCAAGGAGAGCUACUCGGUGUACGUGUACAAGGUGCUGAAGCAAGUGCACCCCGACACGGGCAUCUCCUCCAAGGCCAUGGGCAUCAUGAACUCGUUCGUGAACGACAUCUUCGAGCGCAUCGCGGGCGAGGCGUCGCGCCUGGCGCAUUACAACAAGCGCUCGACCAUCACGUCCCGGGAGAUCCAGACGGCCGUGCGCCUGCUGCUGCCCGGGGAGCUGGCCAAGCACGCCGUGUCCGAGGGCACCAAGGCCGUCACCAAGUACACCAGCUCCAACAUAGUUUGUGAUUCAAAAAGACCUGAAGUAAUCUGUUUAAUGGCGAACAAAAAUACUGCAUUGUGUUUGGUGGGAAAAGAUACGUAGUUUUUCAAGACAAAGUUCCUCUGUGUAGCCCCGGCUGCCCCUGAACUCGGAGACCCACCGGAGUGCUAGCAUGAAAGGCGAGUGCCACUGUCCCCAGUUUGGGUCAUUUUCUUUUCAUUGCAUCCUUUUAAGGUAACUUGUACUUGUGCCUAUACUACAGAUCACAAGGCAGGUGUUCGGUGACAGUUAAGAAACUGCUUGAGUUUGCACAGCUAAUACAUAGAAACUGGCUUAAGAACUUCCAGAACUCGUGCUUGCUGCCGCUGAGUAUCAUCGCAGCCUGUCUAAACGCUGAUUUGUGAUGGGUGUCUUCAAGACACAAGACAGUGUGACAGGAAGUAGCCCUGUGUGCCUGUGCAUGUUUUCAUGAAUGUGACCAAGCCCUGGGAACGGUAUAAGAUACUUUGUGGAAAGAAAGGGAGCGAAAAUGCCCUCUGCAGUCCCCUACUUCCAGGCAUCUUUGAGAUCUUAGAAAUCACCAGCUUCCGCUGAUGUGGUUGGGAGCUGAUCAUCAAUACCCUGUGUGUGUGGAUCGUGGGCACUUCUCUCGCUAAGACUAAAGACCUUCAGUGAAGAGAAAAUCCUGUUUCAUAACCUAAAGAAGACCCACCUGAGGAAAAUGGGAGGAAUACGUAUCCCCUUUAAGAGACAGGUACCACGAAAAGACCCUCCCUCAACAGAAUUGCUUACAGACUCACUGGUAAGCCUGUCCACUUGAGGUCUACUUGGGAAAACUUUUUUUUUGAAUUAGUUUUGUUUUGUUGCUUUGUCUUCCCUAUAGCUGCCAACCGUGAUGUUUAAAUUGUUUUAAAGAUGAGAUCAAGAAACUGAGCAGGGACCAUGAGGUCCCUAAGGGCAGAGAAACAUUAAAUAAAUUUGUUCUCUCCUCCUGCCCUCUACCCCGCUUUUGACAUAGUGUCUCGUGAUGUGUUUAUUCACAGAAACUAAAAGCGUGCAAAAGGCCUCACCUCCUACACUGCUACCAUGGGAUGAUGUUCACUGCACACAUAUUUGUGGAGAAAUCUGUACAUCCCAGAGGCAAGGGCCUGAAAUCUGACCUUAUCCAUAGGGAUGCCUUCCUUAGCAAUGUUUCCCUCAGCAUUCGUUUUUCACAAACAGCAUGUAAUGAUCAGGUAUAGCAAGCCAACUCCAGUAAGAUGCUCACCUCUGACAAAUCUGUCGAUGAUACAAAAACCCUCAAGACAUAGUAAUAAAGAAGCCGGAGCGAUAGGUAGGUCUCAAUUCAAAACCCUUACUGCUCUUCACAAGAGCCUGCGCUCGGUUCCCAGCACCCCUGGCAGCGUGUCACAAGCGACUGUAACCCUAACUCCACGGCAUCCAACACCAGUCUCUGACCUAGGACAGCCAAGCAGGUGACACACGAUCUCUCAGGCAAACACAAACAAGUAUACAAUGAAAGACCCAACAACCAAAUGUACCAAGUAGGUUCUAUUAGGAUGCUUGUAUCCGAGGAACAUAAGGAUAAGUCUAAAACCUAAAAGAGAUUAUAAUAAAAAAGACUGAUUACUGAAGAACAUUUUAAUAAUUCUGUAAGGUGAUUAUAACUUGUCUCAACAGUAGCCAUUUCAUUGUAAUACACUACAGUUUUCUGUUUCUUCAGAAAACUUUGAGAUUGUAAGGAUGCCAGCUACCGUCAUGUGCAUGUGUCUAUAAUUAAAAUUGGACUGUCUAUAUCAUCA